UUUCCCGAAAGCAAGAUGGCUGCGUGUUUCUGUUGUUUUCGUUGUUGUUGGCCAGGAUCGGGCUUUGGGCAGGGCCACAUCAAGUUACAGGAACUCCCGAUUGUGAAAUUAGACACAACGCAUAUGGGAAAUGAUGUUGUGAUUGUGAAGAGCGGGAAGAGGAUAUGUGGAACAGGAGCCGCACUUGCCAACGCACCCAUCGUACAGAACAAAGCAUACUUUGAAAUCAAAAUACAGAGCUCAGGUGUAUGGGGCGUGGGCUUGGCCACACGGAAGUGUAACAUCAAUGUGGUGCCUCUGGGUGACACAACUGACUCGUGGAUACUGAGGCAUGAUGGGACGCUGUACCACAACAACGAGGAGUUCGCCAAGGUGGCCCAAAUAGCGCAGGAAGGAGACAUCGUGGGCAUCACGUACAACCACAUUGAGAUGAACUUCUACAUCAAUGGGGAUGCUGUCAACGUCCCAUUCACAGGCAUCCGAGGCACAACAUACCCAGUGUUCUAUGUUGAUGAUGGUGCCGUCUUAGAUGUCCAGUUUGAGAAGUUCUACCACCAACCACCAGAAGGCUACGACAGCAUCAUGAUAGAGCAAUCUCUGCUCUGAUUGGUCAGUGUGAGGACUUCUUGACUGUGAUUGGCUGAGAGAGACACUGUGUUUGCUGCUAUGGCAACUAUCACUAUGGUUGCCACAUAUGUUGAUGGGAGGGGAAGGAAUCUAUUUGCCAGGAGAAGCACCCAGAGAUAAUGAAGAUGUCUUGGCACAGGGAGACAGACCGGUUGACUGGAAACAAGCCAGGAUGGCAUCAAUCUCUAACACAUGUUGAACUGCCAACUUCCAAUUUGUGGAACAUUUGUCCAAGACACGACAAGAUCAUUUCCGUAUCAAUAGGUACUCCGUGAACGAAGAACCAGCGCAAAUAUUUAUGAACUUAUUUCUUUAUGAAUUUAUUCUUAAUAUUCAUAUUAAUAUUUUUCUCAUUCAUAAACUGUAGUUCUUUUAAAAUAUAUUACUCAAAGAAGUCAACAUAACAGAGCUGUUAUUGAUAUAUGAAAGAAUCAGGUGUUCUUUGACUUCUUUUGAGUAUUAUAUUUGAACAAUGGUUUUAACGCAUAGAGUGCAAGUCAAACAUAUUACAUGUAUAAUCAUAUUUACUUGGUAAAACAGUUACAGUGAAAUGUUGUGAUGUCAUAAACCUUCAGACGAAAUAGAACCCUUUUGGAAGUUGAAAUAGUAAGUGUCUUGACCCACACUCUCUGAAGGUUAAAGUUCAUUACGUGACCCCUGACCUCCUCUCCAUCUUGGUCAGUGACAUUAAGUUAUUGUGAUUUGGAAAAAAGCCUUGGUCCUGAAAGACACAUGUAUAUAUAUACUGACAUCCUUAGCUGAUGAGCUGGCUUUCAGAUUCAAGAUACUUAUUUUUUAAAUGAAAUUAAAAUUAAAGUUCAGUUUGUUACAACACCGAAAAAUACCUUUGAAGAAAAAAGAUUAAUACAGACAUCCUUAUGAUGUGUCCAGCUUCUGAUGUUUAAAAUGAACAUUCACUGUAACCAAAGGAACAGAUUAUAUUAGCAGCAUAGCCAAACCAAUUUCUGAUAUUGUUUUAAUCCAACUACAUCAAUAUUCUGGAUUUUAGUACCCGUAUAUUCGUGUUUUGGUUUGUAUGGUUUAUUGACCGAGAUGAAUAUCCGGCUUCAAGUUGCUUGUAACUUAGCUUCAAGUUUGUUGGCAUGUUACCCAAAAGCAUGAGAAGGAAUUAUCGAAGUCGGGAAAACUUGUGCAUUCUCUUUUUCUUCAAAUUCGAUACAUUUCAAUAAAACUCACCAAAUAUAUUCAUAUAUUUACAAAUAAUUGUACUUCAUUGUAAAAAGCAUGAUAUUCACUUUUUGGAAAGUUUUAUUCAAUGAAAACCAUUAUGAGAUUGGCAUCAUGAAGAUAAACACAAUAUAGACUUAUUAUUGAUAUUAUUUAUCCACACGUCCAUCUUAUUUUUUCACUUUUAAUUCGGGACCAAAGUAUUUUCUUGUUAGGCCAUUAUUUUUAUAUUUCUGGAUCACAGAUCCGCAGAACCCUUUUUCUUCAAAUUUGAAAAUCAUAAUAAUCCAAAUUUACACAUAUUUGUUUUCUGCCGACACGUCAUACACGUAAAAUUGUUUUGCGAUUACUCAGUGUUUUGAAACCAAAAUCACCCAUAAAACUUGUGAUGCUCUUUUGGACAUUAAUGUUUUGAAAAAUUGUUCAGUUCAUGAGUUGUAGCAAAAUUCCUUGCACAGUAAACCUAGAGUUAUGUCCCUUCACUUUUACACAGAUCUGUAGAAUUAACUCCCUUUGUCUUUGGACAAAAGACAAAGCUUGUAGCAAAUCGGGGCUAAAGAAAUGGAAUUCAUUUAUUUUUUAUUUUCUUAUCCCCUUACUCCUACCCACCAAGUAAUAUAGAAACAAUCUGUCAUCCAGUUUAAAAAAGAAAUUUGAUGUCAACAUUUUUUAUAAAAUCUUAUUCCUUCCUCCAACUUCUGACUUUGACAAAACGAAUCUGUCAUCCAUCAAAUAAAAGAAUAAUGUCCUUAUACAGAGGAGUCAAGCCUAAUAGUUUGCAAAAGUAAAACAAAUGUGAUUUAUUUGAUUAAAUAUGUACUUUUUUAAACAUAAAUGAAAACGUUUGUGAAAUUAACCUCAAUCUUUGACAACCCUUUUAUUUAUCAACUAUUGCCUCCUGUUGUUUGUCAUGCUAACUGAAUAAAAUGUAGGAAAUUAAUUUGGUCUGGAUGAAGAUUAAUAAAAUUUCAUUAAAUUUGGUAGCACACUUUAGGAUAUGAAAAAAAUAGGCUGCCGUCCACAUCAGAUAUAGAAGAAAAUACCCAAGAAACUAUCGGUUUUAUUUUUUCAUUUCGUGAUCAUUUAUGAAUGCUGAAGUACAAGGCAAGUACAAGAUGGUAGUAGUUGUACGAUGUGAUGCUGUCAUUGACUAUUUGUGUCACCAGUUGUAUGCUUGUUGUAAAGCUAGACUGUCUUCAGUCUCUACUCUGUGUUUUGUAUGUACCCUUCAAGUCCAGAUCUGCAUACAGUCACUGUUCAUUGCAUUGAUAACUGUUGAUGAUGUUGGUAGGUUGUAUUUGUGAACUGCAUCUUACCGUCAGCUGAAACUGUCAAUUAUCAGUAAAUUAAAAACUAUGUGUUCAGGGUUACCCAGGUUGAAGAACAGGAGACAAAAUCCAACAUGGUAUUAAGAUUAAAAAAAUAAUUGUCUUGGUUCUCAGGCAUGGCACCAUAAUCAUAAAAUCUGCCGAACUUUUCUCUUUUAUUUUCAUUUUCAAAAUUUAAAAAGAAAUCCUUAUACUUAAAAACCAUGUGAUCCAAUUUAGCAAGCAGUUACUUCCCUUACAUGCUCACUGCUUUACUGUGCAUCUCGUGUUAUGGUCAUGGUGGCAAUAGGAGUUUGUGUGCUUGUUUAUGUAGGGAGGCCCUUUUCCCCAGGGGGAUCAUACACAACUGUUUAUUUGGUUACAUACUUGUUUGAACAAGGCAAAAAAAGCACCGCCAGCCCGCCUGCACUAUAUUUGUAAAAGUCAGUGCCUGGGAACCAAUUUUUUUUUUUUUUUUAAAGACCAACAGAUGAUUUUUUUAAAAUGUUAUGUUGAUUUUUUUCAUUUUCUUUGUCAUGCAUAAUAAAAAGAGCAGUUUUUAUCAUUUUUUUUGUUUUUGUUGUUUUAAAACAAACAGAAGCAAAACAAAAAGGUUGUUGUUGGUUACAUUAGUAACCAUGGUAACAUUAAUGCACAAUGAUAACUGCAUUAAACUGUUUCUUUACAUCUUGCAAAUCUUUCUUGAUUCUAGAAAUAUCGACAAUGGUCUUUUUCUGGUCUUUUUAAUUUGAUUUCUUUGGUAGUUGGAUUAGAAUAGGUCCCCAGGGUUAGAAUAGGUCCCCAGGGUUAGAAUAGGUCCCCAGGGUUAGAAUAGGUCCCCAGCAAUGUAUGCUGGUCAGAGAGGUGACCAAAUGGAUCAGGUGGUCAGACUAGUGACUGGGUUGAUGAAGUGUCAUCCUACCCAGACAGUUGGGAUUGUUGCUCAAAAUAUCAAUCACUGAAUUGUCUGGUCCAGACUUGAUUAUUUACAGGCCACUGACAUAUUGCUGGAAUAUUGCUGAGUACAAUGUUAAACAACAAACAAGCAAAUUUGUAUUUGCAUAAGUAUUCUGGCGAUAAUAGUGAGUAUGGUUUUACACCACUUUUAGCAAUAUUCCAGCAAUAUCACAGCGAGGGACACCAGGAAUGGGCUUCACACAAUGUACCCAUAUCGGGAAUCGAACCCGGGUCUUCGGCAUUACGAUCGAACGCUUUAAGCACUAGGCUACCCGACCGCCCCGCUGGCGAUAAUACUUUCCUAACUCCUACUUGUAAGAGUUAACUAAAGUGGUCAGGUGGUCAGCCUCUGUGACUUGGCUGACUGCAUGUCAUCGUGACCCAGAUGGUGCUCAUGCUUUCAGUCACUGGUUUACAGGUACAGACUGGAUUAUUUACAGGCUGCAUCGAUAUGCAUGGAAUAUUGCUGAUUGUGCAUUAAUAACAUUCACUCACUCACUCAAAGGUUUAUUACAUGAGAAUCAAAGUCUCUUCUCAUUUUGGAAAAUCUUGUUUAUGGAGACUUGGCACUUCCGUAGAACCAAUCCUUGUCAUGUAUAUAUAAGACACUUUUAAUAUUGCUGUCAUUGAAUAUAAAUGUGUUAAUGAUUAAUGUUUAUUAAGCAGUAGUACCAUGUAUUUAUUUUUUCCCACUAACCGACUGACCCCCAAACCUUCAUGCCAAAUAUAUUUACCAAAUAUUGAGUUUCACAAAUGUAGUUUUGUUGUGACCAUCUCAAGUUUAUUUGUAAACAAAAUUAUUUGAACCAAAAUAUAUAAAUGCAGGGACUUAACAUGGGUGCUUUAAAUGUUUACUAUUGAAAUACAUGUCGAUGGUAAAGGUGUUAAAAGACUUCAGUGAAUGCCCCUAAAACCAUAUUGUUAGUACCGUAUUCGCUGUAAUAGGCACCUGGGAAAAUAGAUAAUUGACAAAAAAAGUGGUGCUUAUUAAACCAUACACAACAAGUUAAAAUAUUGAACAAAUUUGGUUGAAAUGUUGAUGGAAAUUGAACAUUUUAAUGAUAGUUUCUUGGCAGUUAUAUAAAUCUAGAUACACUGCUGUUUUCUGUAAUACAUCUAUAAUAUACACUAGGAAAUACAAAAUGUAUUGUAAAUUUUCGAGCUUACUAUGAAUCACUUAUGACGAUCAUUUACAGACUGAUGUAGUCGGGACACUUAAUACGGACAAUACGGUAAUGAGAGCCCGGCAGAUCCAUGUGUUCAGUGUUUUGUGGGUCAGUCUUCUAUGUAUGUAUCUGUGUUCCCUGUCAUGGAAAACCAUGUCAAGUUGUUGUUAUUUAUUUCUGAAAGUACAUCUACUCUUGUUGUUUUACCUCUGCCCAUGUUACAGUUCAGCUUUCUACAUUGUAAACAAACAUGCAUAUAUGUAGCAAUGUAUUUGAAUAAACAUGGUGAAACUGGAAUUGAAUACUGAAAAACAUGUUAACUCAUCAUAACAUAUUUAUUUUGUUCUUUGGCUUAAGAGAAAGAAAAUGUUUCACGGGCAUCAGUACAUCACUCAAAAAAACAUUUUUAGUUGCCUUUUAAAAACAACAACUCAUAUUUCCUGCGUCCUAUGAAGCAGACUCUAUUAUUCAUUCAAUGAACAUAAUUGCUUCUGUUUGUUAUAAAGAGCUGAAUUCAGUGUGUGCUCAUUCGUGUUUGUUGGUAUUCUUGGUGGUAAAAAGAGUUCAUCUCUCAUCACUUCAUCUUCACGAGGCAAAGGACUUAACUGACUAUAAAAGUCCAGUUCCCACCCUUGCUGAAUUAGGCUGGAAUUUUAAAGGCUCGAUCGUAGCGUCACCAGUGGCUAUUACGAGUUAUGUCCCUUCCACGUCCCUCCUAUUAACCAAUCAGAUUCCAUCGCUCAUAUCGCUUCCAUUUGCCUCAAACAAAAUGGCGGCACCCAGUCAAGAUCUGAUCGAAAAUCAAGAUCUAUUUUGUAAUAAAACGAGUCUUACCCCACGAAGUGCAUUAAAUCACUUGAGCACCUGGAUUAAAAACAUGAAAAUAUUUGCAAAAUAUCUGUCGACGCCUAGUUGGCGGUACACAUUUUUUGCAAAGCCUGCAGUCGACUGCACUUUGAAAUCCAUGUUGUUUACAAUGUCUAGUUCGUUACAAGAUUUUGAUUAGACUAUGCAUAGUCUCAUUAUUCAAGCCAAAAUGUAACCCCGGAAUUCCAGCCUAGUUCAGCAAGGGUGGAACUGGACUUUUAUAGUCAGUUAACUCUCUUGCCUCGGGAAGAUGUCAUCACUUGUGAGAUAAUGUGACUAAGAAACAUUGUUACGUAAUACAUUAGCAUCCUUUUUUUCACAAAAUAUGAAACAUGUUUCGAGAUGUCAACAUGCAUAUUUUGUCAUUAAACGUUCAUUUUACUUACAUUUUCAACAUUUCCUUGCCAGCCAUCUUUCCUCAUUCCACUAACUGGUGAUGAGGCGGUUCUGUUGUCAUGGAAACGACCUUUUUGUUUACAAUGAUGACAAACACUGUGUUUUCUUGUUUGUGCUUGCUAUAGAGCAUUGUAUUCCUGGAACUGAUCUUGUUUGCCAGAUGUGCGAUAUAUAAAAACUCAAAGCCCAUUUCAGUGAUAGAGUAUUGGGGUUAUAAUCAUUGAAAUUGCACGUGGAACGAGAAAGGGGCAUAAAAUAUUUAAUGAUAUGAUAUUCAUGAUUUAGUAAGUUUCUGCUUGAACUAGUCAGAGGUUACAUAUCUGAAUCAAGGCAACCACUUGAAUAAGUGAAUUACAAUUUUGCUGACCCCCCCCCCCCCUGUCUCGGGAUGUGUAUGCCAACAAUGUGAUGUUUUGAACGUUUUGGAAUCCAGUUAUCUCCCUUUGAAGUUGUCUCCCCUUCUUGAUUGUUUAAGUAAUUGUUACUGUCUCUGCUGGUUAUGGUAGAUCUGCACAUCACAUCCUUGAAGCCUUCAAUGAAACAGAUUUUGCCUUCUUCACAUGCUUUGAGAGUAGACUCUCUUCCUUGUUAAUAUUAUUUUAAAGGCAAUAUCAAUAUUCUUGUUUCCCCAAACUGACUGGGCAGGUAGGUAGUAUUUUUCCAUUUUUAAAUUUGUUACAUAUCUGAGAAAGUAAUCCUGAUUCUUAUCUACUUUGUGACCUUUUUUGACAACUGUAUUUCGGGUAUGAGUGAGUUUGGUUUCAGCUGCCUUGAACGGUAUUCCAGUUGUAUCAUAACUGUAAGUGGAGCAGGCCUCAGAUGUUUACCACAUUGAUGAAACCCACAAGCAUGAGUAUGGAGGUGACAAAUCUAGAAACAUAAUCGGGGCAGAAUGGGUUGCGAUCAUAGGUGUCUGGCGUGCCCAAGGGGCACAAUUCUGCACAGUAUUCAACAAAUGCUACCAAGUGCCAUUAAGUGUAGCUAUUGACCUUGACCUUUCCCUACUGACCUCAAACUUGUAGUGUUUGAGUUUACUCUUUCAAUAAAAAAUUAAAAAAUGAAUAUGAAUAAGCUGAUGAGCUAAUUUGUAAAAUGUAUAGGAGUGGGUGCUUGAAUCUGUGUAUGCCCAAUGCUAUCAGUUCCAAAUGACAUUUGGGCGGUCGGGUAGCCUGGUGGUUAAAACGUUCGCUCGUCAUGCCGAAGGUCCAGGUUCGAUUCCCGACGUGUACAAGGUAUGAAGCCCAUUUCUGGUGUCCCCCGCCGUGAGAUUGCUAGAAUACUCACUCACUCACUCACCCAAAUGACAUUGCUGUGCAUCAAAUGACUAUUAAACACCUACUAAUCUGAAUACACUUUUAUUGCCUAAAUAUUAAAGUUUACGUGAAAUCAGCCUGUAUUACACUGUUUUAUAUGGAGUCUGUGUAGGUAAGGGUCAAGGUCGCAUAGAGAUCGUGUAGGUAAGGGUCAAGGCCGCAAGUCUGGUAGGGAAAGGUCUCAUACAGUGUGUAUGGAAGUGUAAAGGUCGCAUGGAUUCUGUAGGGCAGGGUCAAGGUUGUAUGGUCUUGGUCAGGAAGGGUCAAGGUCGUAUCGAGUAGGGAAAGGUCAAGAUUGUUCCAUGGCCCAGAUUAGUUUUAUCAGCUCGGCGCCUGUAUUGUGAUAUCUAUGUUGUGCGAGAAUGUUGUGAAGUCUAUUUUCUGUUAUGUUGGUAAGUUAUUCAGUGGAUUGUGAUAAACAGCUCAAGCUAUGGUACUUCAUCAUUAAGACAUCUGUGAAACCAUCCUUACAAGGCCUCCGAUAAAUAAACACCGAUUUUAUUCUCAGUCAACUUUUAUAACAUAUUCAUUCAAGACAAAUGGCAGAGAUAUCAUGACAAAACUCUCAAAUUUUGAUAGGGCUGUUUUGAGUAUCUGGAAGGGCUUCUUCCUCUAUUGAUGCAUGUCAUCAUGUCCCAAUUGCAUAGAUCGAUGCUCAUGAUGUCUAUCACUGGAUUGUCUGGUCCAGACUCAAUUAUAUACAGACCGCCGUCAUAUAGCUGAAAUAUUGCUGAGCGCGGCGUUAAACAACAAACAUCAAACAUCCUCUAUAGUCCAGUGUCUUCGUACUCCAUUAUGUCCUAUUUUUAGGAUCAUGUCAUUCAAACCGGCUUCAAAAAUGAAGCUGAAGUCGGGAAUGGGUCCUAGGUAUUUAACCUACUAGCAUGGAGAUAUAACACCCUUGAUAAUGCAGGAUGGAUGACUAUGAAGACUGUUGAAUCAGGAAUAGUAUGUGAUGCUCUCAUAGUACGGAACAUUGUAAGCUUCAUGGCAUAUUAUGAUAAAUAUAAGUACACUUUUCCAUAACAUGUCCUCUGGUGUUCAUGAUACUAACAGUAUGAAGUAUAUCGUAUCCCUAUCCAACUUAAAUAUAUGUAGCAAGAACAGUCAGGACAAUAUAUAUACUGAGCAAAAUAAGUUUGGGAUCAUGAAGAUUUGGGGGGAUAUCUUUUCUCGAUUCAUUACAAAAAAUAUUCCCCAAAAUAUUCCUGAUCCCAACUCUUUUUGUUUGUUCAGUAUAUAAUUAUGCUGUCCUGUUUUGAGCCUUAAUCAAUUAAAUAGACAAGAAAAUGAAAUAUGUGUGUUUUUAAUUGAUCAGAUAUCAACCUUUUCCAGAAUCUGUUGUCAUGCUGAGAAUGCAUUAUGCCAAACGAAAAAAAUAUAUUUGUAUUUCAGCUUUUAGUUAUCAUGGACCAAGAGAUGUAGCUGGUUUGUUUUAAAAUUGAAAAUGUUUUUCAUAUUUCCAGUUCCUGUAUGAAUAUUUAUGCUUGUCAAUUUGGCAGGGAAUUCGAUGUUGGUUUUGGCGUGAACUUUGUUUGAGAAACAGUAAAUCUGUAUUCAAGCUUACCACUUUUCCUCCAUUUUGUACAGCUCUGGCUCUGCCAGUAGUGACGGCCUUCAUGUUGCUCUGUGUACACAAACCUCAAUGUAUUGUCUGUAUGUAACAUGUCAAUAAAGUGUUACAGUCA